AUGAUGGAUAAAAAGAUAGUGCGCAAAGGGCCGCUGCCUGGGGGUCGCCGGGGCGCGUCUGGAGCUGGCGCUGGACGCGGCAGCAUGCGGUCCGCCAGCCGAGCGCGAGGAGCUGCACGGUCACCUACCAGCCCUCCGCAUCCAUCAUCCCCACCAGAAGGCUUGGUGUCGGCUGGGUCUUCUCGGACUCAGCAAGCGGCACCCGCCGCUGGUGGAGCACGUCGCAUGCGUUGGUCACAAGAAAUGAAUGCAAACGCACUGCGGGCGUACUUUAGGGCAAAAGGGGAAGAAACUGGAUGUUUGGCGUAUCGGGCUAGGAUGCAUCGUCUUUUUGCUGAGCUGGAGCCAUCUUUAAUCGUCACAGAGCAAAACCUGGCAGACCGAGUUCGGUAUAUCUUGCGCUCAAAUAUAUUUGAUGUCGCCGAACUCGAACGGCUACGACGUGAGGCUGUUCCCUCGUCGGAUGAGAAUGCUACGGCUGAGGAUGCGGCGCCACAAAUGGUAGAGCAACCCGCAAACGUGGAUGCCGCCGUGAAUACCCCAGUUGUGGUUUAUUCAAACGAUGAUGGAACAGUCGCCCAGGAACUGGAAUUAGAGCAUAUGAGGAGUAUAUUGGAAGAGGCGAUUGUGGAAACGCGCAGUAUGCCUCUCGAAAAUCGACCGCGACUUCCCCGCAUAGCCCUAAGCAAGCGGAAUCGGGCUAUCGUGAGGGCUCUGAACCCAAUGCUGGUUACCUAUUUGGAAGCCAGCCGGGACCUUUGCGAGACGGACUCAAUUCUUUUUGGCGCCGCGCUGGCAGUCUGCCGUAUCAUAGGCGCCAAGGUUUUCACGGCUGGACGCGCUACUGGCUAUAGUAGCGCUAUCCCAGCAUGGAGAAGAAGAAUUGAGGAACGUAUCGCAAAGGCUAGAGCUCUCAUCGGCAGACUGAUAUGCUUCAAAUCAGGCAACAACAGGCCAAGAAUUGUGCGCACCGUCAGGAUGGCGUUUGCUGGGACAAAUGUCAGUUUGUCCCAGCCGGAUAUAACGCAAAAACUGACGGAGCGCAUAGAUGAUCUGAAGCAGAGAAUCGCUGCUUGGGGAAAGCGGAUUCGGCGAUAUACCGAGAGGUCGACACGGUUCAACCAGAAUCGUCUCUUCCAGAGUGAUCAGAAGAGGCUCUAUGAAUCAUUGGAGCGACCAAUGGUAAGUGGAACGGGUCCAGCACCGAAUCAGGCCGACACUGUAGCAUUCUGGCGCGGCCUGUGGUCAGAGCCCGUAAACCACAGCGAGGGCCCUUGGACGGAAGUUGUGGCGAGUCAGUGUGCGGGUAUUACGCCCAUGGACCCCAUCAUCAUAACACUGGAUGACGUAGCUGAGGCGGUCCGUAGGACCCCGAACUGGAAAAGUCCGGGGUUUGACGGGCUGCAUCACUACUGGCUGAAGGGGUUCAUGAUCACAUUAGCUGACCUUAAUUUGGAACAAAGGAAUGUCAUUCAACAUAUUGCGGGUCCACCAACUACUAAACAACCACUGUCGGAAAAUAUUCAGAAGACUAUAACUGUUCCAAAUGUAUUUGAGCCGGUUGCGGGUCCGUCAAAAUGUAUACAACCCUUGUGUGAGAAUGUGCAUUAUAAGACCAUUCCUGAUAUAACUAGUGCUCUUCCUCAAGUAACUGAGAAUAUCAACCCUGUUGCUGCUGCAAAUCCAUCCACGAAAAACAAAAAGGAUAAAGAUAUGUUGAUAAAAAUGAAAUAUCAUCUGAGAAAAAUUAACAGGCUUCAAAAAACUGUAAAGCAUCUAAAGAAUGAAGCAUUUCUCAAAGUACUGAGCAAAAAUGAUUCAGUAAAUGAAACAUUAAAAUGUAAAAUAUCCCCCUCUUUUUGCAUUAUUUUUGCAAGGAGAAUUGCAAAACUAUAA